CAUAGUUACCAAGCACCGCCCAUUCCACCAUUUCAAUUGGUCAAUGCAUUCCUCACACGUUUCUCCUGUUGAUUCCUAAAACUGUCAGUCAAAGUUUUGGCGUUGUGCGUUACCAGAAAUGAUCCGUGUUGUUAUGGGAUUGACUGACAUUCUCUAAAGUUUGAAGUGACUCUCUGACAUAUACAUGCCAGAUGAGAUUAUGGCUACUGGACAUACAGUCGGCGAAAGUCAACUCCAAAGAAUCAUCAGAGAUCUUAACGAUGCUGUCGGCGAGUUAGCGAAGGAGUACAGGGAGAAUGGGGAGCCAAUCACAGAUGACAGCUCAAACCUUCACAAGUUCUCUUACAAACUUGAGUAUUUACUUCAGUUUGAUCAAAAGGAGAAGACCACCUUCCUCGGCACAAAAAAAGAUUACUGGGAUUAUUUCAUAGACUGUCUGGCAAAAAUCAAAGGAGCCAAUGAUGGAAUUCGCUUUGUAAAAUCCAUUUCUGAGCUGAAGACAUCGCUGGGAAAGGGCAGAGCUUUCAUUCGUUACUCACUGGUGCAUCAACGACUAGCAGACACGCUGCAGCAGUGUCUAAUGAACCAGAGAGUCACAAGUGACUGGUAUUACUCAAGAAGUCCCCUCCUGAAGACCCACCUUAACGCCGAUAUCAUCAACCACCUGUAUGAACUUAAUGAGGUACAGUUUGAUGUGGCCUCCAGAGGUUAUGAUCUCGAUGCUGCCUGGCCCACCUUCGCAAGGCGAACCAUUGGAAGUGUCAAUUCCCCUGGGCACAUGUGGAAACCGCCAAGCCGAAGCUCAAGCAUCAACAGUUUGGCCAGCAGCUAUUCCCAGCAAGCUGAGUUCCCCUGUAGUCCUGACUAUGGUCAUGGGCUUCUGAAUGAUCUCAAUGACUCUUUGCCAGCCUGCAGUGAGGACGUGGGUACUGUUGAAGAUCUCCGUCUGGAAUUGGACCAGUCUGAGCUGAAACAGCGAGAGCUUCUUGACAAGGUCCAGCAGCUGGGUGAGGAAGCUGCUGAGGCCAGAGGAGUUGUUGUGGAGCUUCAGAGGCAGCUGGAAGUGUCCCUCGCUGCCCAAGAAGAGCAACGAGGCGUGUAUCAAGAACUUGAUUCUCUGCGGGGAAGAGAAGAGAUGCUGAUAAGAGAACUGGAUACUCUGAGGACUCAGGAUGAAAUCAGGGAGGUGGAACAAAAUACGCUCCAGGAAAAGCUGGUUGCAGCUGAGAAGAAGAACAUUGAGCUCUUGGACAAGUUGGAUGGAGUUCUGAACGAGAAGGACCAGCAGACAGCAAGCUUCUUUGAUUCUGCGCAGAAGAUGCAUGAGCUCCUGGAUCAACUGAAGGUGGCUGAAAAAGGGAAGAUUGAGGCUGAAGCUAAGUUGGAUGAGAUGGUGAGACACGCACAAAGGUUAGAGGAAGAGCUAAAACUGAAGGAGACAGCGAGAACAAGCUCUGAAACAGAGCUCAAAACGUUAUUUCAGGCGACAUCCGCUGAGAAAGCUGAAUUUGAGGUUCAACUGCAGGAACAAAGCAGUGCUCUUCAUAAACUUCAGGAGAGUCUGGAUGUGAAAGAAAAUGAGGUCCAAAACCUUAUUAAGCAGAUGCAGGAGCUACAAAGAUCUAUGGAGGAGAAAGAGAAAGAGACGGAAGAGGUCAAACAAAAGUCAGGAGAGUUUGAAGAUGAAAUGCAGAGGAAACUUGCCAACAUUAAAAAAACUCUAGAAGUGGAGCUUGAAGUGGUCAAGGGCCAUCUUGAGCAGAGAGAUGUGGACUUAUCCACCAGCAGACAGACAAUUCAACAGCUAAAUGACAAAAACAAAAGCCUGAACUUAGAGCAAGCGACACUGACCGCUGCCCUUUCCCAGCUUGAAAGACAAGUUAAGGAGCAAGACUUGAAAUUAGAAGACAGUAAAACGCAGUGCACUGGUUUAAUGCAUAGCAAUGAGAAACUUUUAAAGAAAAUGAAGAAAAACGACGAGUUAAAGAAAGCGAUGGAGGAUAACAGAGCAGUUCUCGAAAAUGAAUUGGCAACUUUACGGGCGUCUGAGAAACAACUACGGGGACAGCUGGACGACACCAUGGUGACUGUGGAUGAAAAGGAAAAGAGAUUGCGUGAGGAGAAUUGCAGGCUCGAUGAGGACCUGCACAGGGCGAACAUGGCUGCAGAGGUGUCAGCUGCUGCCGCCAAGCAGCUGGAGGAGGAGAACCACACUCUGAAAGAGGAACAAGAGAAUGUGAAGGAAGCCCUAAAUCGUGUGCAGGCUAACCUAAAGAACCUUCAAACACAAAUCCUGGAUUUUGAGUGUAAACUAGAAACUGCCCAGAAAAAUGAGCUCGAACUUCAAGAGCAGCUUCAAGCAGUAAAAGACCAGUUAAAGGUGAAGGAGAUGGAUUUUCUGGAGGUUCAGUCCAUGGUUAAAGACCUAGAGGCCAAGAAAAGGGAGCUUCAGGAGGCAAAGGAAGCAGCAGAAGCAGCUUGUGCUAGACAGUCGGAAUUGAUUCAAGUGGUCACCAGCGAAAAGAUGGCCAUUGAGAAGUCUGAGCUGGAGAAAAGUGCAGUCCAAGCCAAAGAAAACCAGGAAGUGAUUGCUAGACUUAGUGUGGUCCAGGAUCAGCUGGAGAUGAGCAUGAAAGAAGUGGCCAGACUACAAGCUGAAAUCCUGGACGUCAGAGUCGCCGCUAAGAGGUCUGAGGAGGAAAAUUUGAAAUUUCAAGCACAGCUACAGGUUACUGAAGGUCAAGUGGAUGAGUUCAGGACUCUGACUGAGCAACUUAAGGUCCAGAUUGAGGAACAGAACCAGAGACAUGUAGCAGAGCUUCUGGAUUUCAAAAAGAAAGAAGAAGCCCUGUGUGAACAGCGGGACAGAGAGUUGGCUGCUCGUGCUGAGAUGUCCGCCUCUUUAACUGCCAUUCAAGAUGAAGCGAUGAGCCUGAAGGCUGAAAACAACAGACUGGCCCUUGAGAACAGCGAGACACGGGAGGUCGUGCACAGAGCAAACACUGAGAUGGCGGAGUUGGGGAUGACCAUCUGCAAACUCAAUGCAGAAAAGGAAGAAGCAAGUACACACUGGGCCACUGACGCUGCGAGGAACGAAGAACUGGAAAAAGAAGUUGAACUACUGAAAGAUCUUAGAGAAGAAGUUGAGCUGCAGAACAGCAAACUGAAAGAUGAGCUGGCGAAAACAGAGGGACAUAAACAAACCAUCAAAGAGCUUCAAGAGGAACUGGACCAGACAAAAAGCCAAAUGCAAAAAAUAAAAGACUCAAACAAGGAAGAUUUGACAGCCAUUAAAUUCCAAUUGAGCUCGGAGAGCAUGUCACACCAGGUCCAGAUGAAGAGUGUCACUGAUGCACUUGACUUGGUGAAGACGCACCUGAAGGGCGAGCAGAAGUCUGUGUCCAGUUUGACGUCAAGAGUGUGUGAAUUACAGGUAGAAAAUGAGAAGUACCUGCAACUAAAUGCUGAAAAAGAUGCCCACAUCACAAAAACAGAAGAAAGAAAUCGCAAAAAUGAGGCAGAAAUUCAACACCUGUCUGAUGCUCUGACCAGCGCUCAAGACGCUGGCUUGGCUUUGCAAAGUUUUUGUGAGGAAUUGAAGCAGAAACUGAACACGACUGAGACUGAGAAAACAGACCAGCACAUGCAGUUUGCAGCUGAAAUUGAUGACCUUAAAAGGACCAAGAGCUACCUGGAGGAGCGGCUUAUUGAGCUGAUAAGAGACAAAGAUACACUUUGGAAGAAGUCAGAUGCUCUGGAGUUCGAGCAGAAGCUGCGAGCGGAGGAACGCUGGUGGUUGGUAGACAAAGACGUCACACACUGUCUCGGCUGCCAGAGUCAGUUCUCCUGGUGGAUGCGCCGACAUCACUGCAGGCUUUGUGGCCGGAUAUUCUGCUACAACUGCUGCAGCAACUAUGUCAUCCUCAACAGCAGUGCAAAGAAAGAGCGAUGCUGCAAGGACUGUUACGCUCAACACAGUGCAGUGGUGGAGAGAUUGGCAGAGGCCGAUCUGAGUUCAUCCGACAUGUCUGAGAGUUUUCUCUCUGACGCCAGUCUUCAGCAGUCCCCGGAGCCUGCCCCUGAUAAACCCCCUCCUCAGGUCCCUGUUUCAGACUGCAGCAGAUCUGAUGAUGGCACGUAUGACAUCAUCACUGAGGAGGAAGUGAAUGGAGUCUAUGACAGCGACGCCACAUCACAAACCACAGGUGGCUCGUUUGAAGGAGACAGACCGACGCCCGGAUCGCUGGAUAUUGGGAUUGGAGACGGUCCGCAGGAUGAGAGUGAAGAAAGUUGUUCCUCUGUCCAAGAUUCUGAGACCAACCUCCUCAAAUCUGGAGAGAUUACGGCGACUGUCCCACUGAGUGUACGGGAUUUUGCACAGUUUGGGGACAGUUCCCGUGAACUCUUCAUCAAAUCCAGCAGUUACAGCGUGGUAAAUGUAGCCAUGGACGACUGCGGCUCCACCAUCAGCUGGAUGUUUUCCUCAGAGCCCAAAAGCAUUUCCUUCAGUGUGGUCUACCAGGAGUCUGCUGACUCUUCAGCAGAACAGUCGAAGGUCCUGAUUCCGCUCACUCGCUGCAGUUCUCAUAAAGAGACUAUCCGUGGCCAGUUGAAAGUCCGAAAUCCAGGCAUCUACAAAUUUAUCUUCGACAACUCCUUCUCACGGUUUGUGUCCAAGAAAGUUUUCUACCAUCUUACCAUGGAGAAGCCGGUGAUCUAUGACGGAAGUGACUUACCAUAACUCCACCGUCAUAAAAACAUCAGUGUUGAGAUUACACCAUUGAAUCGAAUGGAAAAUGUCCUUGUCGUUGUUAUUUAUCUUACUAACACACUAGGUCUGAUAUUGAUGUGUGAUGAUGUGUGCUGGUGUUGUGUGCGUGGCCUGAUGAAGUGUUAAGACUAGAAAGCGACAAGUGAUUACAGUCUGCCGUCCUCUGUUCAGUAGAUGAAAAGUAAAAUUCGUAGACAGUGUUUCCUCGAGAUUCUGUUACAGUUAUGGACUGCAAAACCCGUGAGCAAUAUCAAUGAUUGUUUUAUGUCUCCUCCAAGUAAAAUUCUUCAGAGGUUUUUAGAAUUUCUUUUACUGCAUUUCCUUGUUUUCGUAUUGAGUCUAUUUUUAAAUGUACUGAACAGUCAUGAUGUCGAUUCUAUCGCUGGUCUGGUGGCAAUAUUUGCACUAUGCCACCAUAGUAAAAAAAAAAAAAACACUUCACGUCUCAGGAUUCAAGUUUUGCAGUUCAAAUCGUAUUGGAAUUUGCAUUUUUGUGUGUUUUAAAAACUGUUUUUAGUUCAUUGUAUUGUGAAUUUUAGUUUUAGAAUGUAAACAAUGACAAGUGCCUAAACACGUGACUCUCGACAAAGAUGUUCAGUGAGCGAAACACUGCAUGUCUGCUACUGUGUCACCACGGUGCCUACUCACUCUUACUGAUAACUAUGUAGACAAUCUGAAUAACCAAAACACUACUGUAUUGCAGUGGGUCUGUCUAAAAGCUAGAAUCAUGGCAUCAAUUUCAGCACCUGACAUUUUGCUUCAUGCUUUGUUAAAAAGGAAACAGUUUUGCAACACUAAUAAGGGUUUUUUCAUGGGUUUUCUAAAUGUCAUCAUUUAUUUUUUCAAUUUUAUAUUUGAGAUAGGUGAAUUGGUGCACUUUUUAUGCAAAUCUAUAUAUUUUCCUCGCACGCCAGCUGUUGUGUAACCCAUGCCGGUAAAAUGAUCUUUGUCAACUGUUUUGCACGGAGAGAUGUGGUUAAUGUUGAAGGAUAUAUUGCAGAUGGAAAAUAAAAGCCAUUAUUGUGACAGCAAACACAAUGUGACAGGAAGGUUGUCCAUCUGGUGAAUAAAAAAAUAUGCAAGUGGA